AUACGUGAGGUGGAAUAGGACAGUUCGCAGCCUGAAAUUAAUAGAAAAGUGAAUGCAAUGAUUUGGCCAAUAUAUGCUGUGUACGUAUGCAUCGUCGGAUUCAUACGGGCGAUGAAGUGGAUGGAAUAUCAGUUACUAAAAUUGUUCACGCAAAGCGUGAAACAGACCUGGAUCAGGAUAACUGAAAAAUUAGGUGUAGUGAUUCAUUUUCCUGGCGAUAAGUGGAACGAAGAGGAUAGCAAACGUGUUCUGACGGCAUGUACUAGAUACGACAAAUUGGUGCAUUUGAAAGUGCAUGACGACCAAGUGUUCUUAAGAUGGGCGAAUCUAGGCUCGCUGGGCAUUGGCGAAAGCUACAUGGAUAAGCUAUGGGAUUAUACAGAUAGUCCGGAGGAUUUGACGGAAUUAACGGUAAGAGUUCUGGAGCGGAACCUGUUGAAACGUUACUAUGUUGGUUGGAAUAAAUUUUUUGAAUGGCUCGAGCUAUACGCCUUCAAUUUGCAAACUAGAGAAAGAGCAUUUCAAGUGGGUGUCGUUCAUUAUGACUUGGGAAAUAAAUUGUAUGAACUGAUGUUGGAUCCAUGGCUGCAAUACACAUGUGGCUACUGGAAAAAUGCUGACAAUUUGAACGAUGCUCAACUUCAUAAAAUGGAAUUGAUAGCUAAAAAGUUGGAUCUUAAGCCAGGCAUGCGUGUAUUGGACAUUGGCUGUGGGUGGGGCACACUUUGCAAGUAUUUAGCCCAAAACUAUGGGGUAGAGUGCGUUGGCGUCACAAUUUCCAAGGAAGGAGUUAUCUACGGUAAACAAAUAAAUGAAGGUCUUCCAGUCGACAUUCGACUUCAGGAUUAUCGUGAAGUGAACGAAAAGUUCGAUAGAAUUGUAAGCGUUGGAAUUCUGGAGCACGUCGGCUUCCGAAACUAUCGUGAAUUUUUCACAUUGGCUCGUCGCUGUCUGGUGGAUGAUGGAAUAUUUUUGGUGCACUCGAUUGGAAGGAAUCAUCUCAAUUUUCCCAGAUCGGAAAGAUUUAGCAACAAAUACAUCUUCCCGAAUGGAAACUUAGCUAAUCCUGAGGACAUCACCAAGGCCACACACGGUUUAUUUAUCAUCGAAGAUUGGCAUAAUUUCGGUCCUGACUAUGCGAAAACACUGUACGCGUGGAGGGAGAACUUCAUAAAAGGAUGGCCCCAAAUUGAACAUCAGUAUGACGAGAGAUUCUAUAGGAUGUGGAUUUUCUACCUUUCAAUGGCAAGGGCUUUGUUUAAAUCAAGAAAAUGUCAACUUUGGCAAAUUGUCUUGAGUAAGGAUGGUCUUAGGCGGGAAUACAGAGCUGCUCGCUAACAAUUUGAAGAAAAUUGAUCGUUUUUAAAUAAACGAAUUUUGUUUU